CUCUACUACCUUUUCCUGGUGUCGGCGAAAUCACCACACUAGGCCGGCACCAGGUCCUGCCUAGCGGUACUCGCUUAUUCGCUAUUUCAGCAGGUGCCCACCUCCCUAGUGUAGGCGCCCAAGCAUCUUCUGGACAGUCUGUUACCGCUGCUGGGCUACAGAUAACCUCAGAUACACCAGCUAGCAUGCCUCUAAACACAGCGGUUUCAACUACCGCCUCAGUCGGAUCCACAAGACCCCAGUUAACGGCUCCAAGGCCGGAUGGCAACCUGGCUCUUUCGCUU